CUCGAGGUUGAAAACUAACCCAGUACAAGAAACCAAGAAGCACAAACUUACCACUCUCUCUACUUUCUCUCUCAAAUUUUACAUCAAGUUCAACAAGUCGCUAGAGUUGCAGAACCUGUUGGUUUUUUUUCUGUGGCUUGACGUCUUCCCUUCAAUCCAAGAUGCAAAAUAUGAAAUAUAACUGUGAUGCUCAAGGACAACCUUAUUUAGUUAUCUCCUCGGAUCCGGAUGAGUCUUCUUCCGAUGAAGAGAUCGAUGAGAAAUCGGAUAAUGGGUUCCUACAACUACAAGAGGCAAAUAACAUCUGCCUUGCAGCUUACAGAGAGGUUAUGACAUUGGCUAUCAACGCAAAAGCUUGGAAGAUGGGCCUUCCACCACUCGGUUCAAUCGAGGAUAUACAACAAAUGUUCAAGACUCCGCCUUCACCCAGAAUGAAAGUAGAAUCCUCCGUUGAGCGCAUCAUUCUUCCUCUUUCUCCAAGGUUUUUGAUAACUACUAUGAUUGACGUGGACAAAUGGGCUUCAACCUUUUCCCAAAUUGUUCAUCAAGGAUCUGUACAAGACUCAACUGGUGUUUUUGGACGUCUAUCGGCAAUGCACAGAGGACAAGAAUCUGGCAACUGUAUCGAUAUGACAAUUGUCAAUGCUGAAUUUCACUUGCCUACACCAUUUGUGCAAAAACAAAAAUACCGUUUUGUCAGAUUUGUACGGAGCGUCAUGGAAGAUACAUGGGCUGUAGUUGAUCUAUCAACUGAUUAUUUUCAGCAACAUUCACUUGAUUCUGCUGCAUCGAAAGUGAACUGUCUUCGGAGGCCAUCUGGGGUCAUUGUCAAGCGCCUCAGGUCGUAUGAAAAUUUAUCCGAGGUUAUAUGGAUUGAAAAUAUGGAAGUGAAAGAUUGCAAAGUGGAUGAUGAUGAGGACGACGACGAUAUGCAGUCAGGAACAAUGAAUUCAAACCUAGCAUUCGACGCAAAGCACUGGGUUAAUAUUUUGUCAUCGAAUCACAGAAAAAGAUGUGCCAACCCUAAAAUUUCAUAUAUAUUUGAUCAAGUGACUCAAGGGGAUAAGAAUGAACUGUCAAUGGAAACCCUAAUAAAAAUUGACUGAUUUUGGAAUGAAGCUGAUCAUAUAUUCUGCAGUGAAAGUGCAUGAUACAUGGCUAGUUUGAUGCGAGGUUCCGACCAAAACACAGACCGGAAUGAACCGUACGCAGCCCUAGUUAUGGACUUUCCCGUUUGUGGUUUUAAAGUUUUGAAGCUACAGUGGUGGUAGAACAAAUAUAGCUUAUCAAGCAAUAGUUGCUUCCUAGUUGCUUUGCAAGAGUGAUCACUACUUUAGACCUGUAUAAUUGUUGUUUUCUUUUGUUGGAGCUAUUGUUAUGCCUGAUUAAGGUUUUAAAAAGCGCUAGGAGCUAGUUGGGCGGUAGGUAAGAGCCUAGCGUCAAGGGACUUAGGUGGGUCCUAUGUGGUUUUUCAAAUUUUAAUUAGGGUUUUUAUCACAAAUGGUCCUUGAAAUUGACUCA